CACCUCUUUGUGGUGCCUGAGCUUCUGUGCCUUAAUCCAAACACCCUGCGACGUCCCUCCCCAAUUCGAUACCCCUCACCGAACCGGAAUCGUUUCCAAGAAAAACUCCUUGAGAGAAUCGAGUAACUGCCGCCAUGGACCGGCAAUCAGUGUACUCGAGUCACGUCUACGAGCCGAGCGUCGGCCAGAACGAGGACACCCGCUUGCAGUUGCAGACCCAACUGGAAAACUUCAUUCUCGACUUUAGACACGGCAAUGACUACGUUUAUAGAGUCCAAUUGCAAGAGAAUGCGCUCCUCAAAAAGUACUACUGCGAUGUCGACGUCAACGAUCUCAUCAACUACAACGAAGAGCUUGCUCAUCGGCUGGUAUCGGAGCCGGCUGAAGUUGUACCUCUGUUCGAGGCGGCCCUGAAGAAAUGCACACACCGAAUCAUCUUUCCCCACGAACGCAAAGUCGACCUGCCUCAGCACCAGCUUCUACUACACUCGAACGCCGAGGAGGUCUCUAUUCGGAAUCUCGAUUCCAUGACUAUCGGACGUCUAGUCAGGACGCCCGGCAUCGUCAUCGGCGCCUCUGUUAUAUCCUCUAAAGCCACCGAGGUCGUGGCCCAGUGCCGGAACUGCCAGCAUUCAACGACCAUCCCCGUCUUCGGCGGAUUCAGCGGUGUGACGCUACCGAGGCAAUGCGGUCGACAGAGGAUACCGAACGAUCCGACGCCCAACUGCCCCCUCGACCCCUACUUUAUCAUGCACGAACGAUCCAGAUUCGUCGACCAACAGAUCAUCAAGCUACAAGAGGCCCCCGAUAUGGUGCCAGUGGGCGAACUGCCUAGGCAUGUGCUCGUCUCCGCUGACCGCUACCUGACCAAUCGCGUCAUUCCGGGUUCGAGAUGCACCAUCACGGGCAUCAUGUCGAUCUACCAGCAUAAGGGAUCCAGGAACUCGGCCACCGGCGGCGCCGUUGCUAUCCGAACCUCCUAUCUGAGGGCGAUGGGCGUUCAGACAGACCUCGACAAGACAGCACGCGGGCACGCCAUAUUCACGGAUGAAGAGGAGCAAGAAUUCCUCGAGAUGAGCCGAAGGCCGGACCUGUACAAUAUCUUGGCCGACUGCAUCGCCCCGUCCAUCUACGGCAAUCGGGAUAUCAAAAAGGCCAUCCUUUGCCUUCUGCUCGGCGGUACCAAGAAGAUCUUGCCCGACGGCAUGAGGCUUCGUGGUGAUAUCAACGUUCUCCUGCUCGGUGAUCCGGGUACCGCCAAGUCGCAACUUCUCAAAUUCGUCGAGAAGUGCGCCCCAAUAGCCAUCUACACGUCCGGAAAGGGUUCGUCGGCCGCUGGUCUGACAGCUUCGGUCCACAGGGACCAGAGCACCCGCGAGUUCUAUCUCGAAGGUGGUGCGAUGGUGCUGGCCGACGGCGGCGUUGUGUGUAUCGACGAGUUCGACAAGAUGCGUGAUGAGGACCGAGUGGCUAUUCACGAAGCUAUGGAACAGCAGACCAUCUCCAUUGCCAAGGCUGGCAUCACAACCAUCCUCAACGCGAGGACAUCUGUACUCGCUGCUGCUAACCCCAUCUUCGGUCGUUACGACGAUAUGAAGACGCCCGGGGAGAACAUUGACUUCCAGACCACCAUCUUGUCCCGAUUCGACAUGAUUUUCAUCGUCAGAGAUCAUCACAGUAGAGAGAAGGACGAGAAAAUGGCCAGGCACGUCAUGGGGAUCCAUAUGGGUGGACGGGGUGUUGAAGAGCAGGUGGAAGCAGAGAUUCCCGUGGAGAAGAUGAAGCGGUAUAUGAGCUACUGCAGAUCUCGCAUGGCACCUCGACUUAGCCCCGAGGCAGCCGAGAAGCUCUCGUCCCAUUUCGUCUCCAUCCGGAGACAAGUCCACGCCGCUGAGAUGGAGGCGAACGCUAGGUCAUCGAUUCCCAUUACCAUCCGCCAGCUGGAGGCCAUCGUGCGUAUCACCGAGGCGCUUGCCAAGCUCACACUCUCCCCUGUCGCCACCGAGGAGCACGUCGACGAGGCCAUCCGGCUCUUCUUGUGCUCCACCAUGGACGCCGUCAACCAGGGCAGCAACCAAGGCAGCAGGGAGCUGAUUGAGGAAGUCAACCGCCUGGAGGCCGAGCUCAAACGACGACUGCCUGUCGGUUGGGGUACGUCGUUGGCGAAACUCAGGCGCGAGAUGGUCGAGCAGAAAGGGUAUAGUGAGCAGGCUCUGAACAAGACGCUCAUGAUCAUGCAGAGGAGGGACGUUAUCAGCUUCAGGAACCAGGGAAGCACAGUAUACAGGAACGCGGCAUAAUGGGGUGGGCGUUACGGGAAGAUGAUGUGGUUCAUGACCUUUGGAAUGAUGGGAAACAUAGCGAGGGUCUGCCUGAUCAUGGCCUAGACUUGAUGAAGCAUGCAAAUAUAUAAAAAUAUAAAUACCAGUGUAUGAU